AUGAUACAACAAUCACGUACUAUACAAAAUAAGCAACAAGAAGUAACAAUAAGUUCAAAUGAUACACUAGAUGAAAAUGAUGAUUAUCCAACAACUGAAGCCGAUUUAGAUGUUCUUGAAGCACCUAUGCAAAAAUCUCUCUCAUCAUAUGUUGAUAUUUCUGUUACAUCAAGACGAUUUGGGUGUUCAUCAUACUGCUACAAUGAUGGAAUAUGUGCUCUUGUUGGACAAUCAAUUACUUGUCGUUGUCAACCUGGUUAUAUCGGUGUUCGAUGUCAAGUAGCACAAUCUGCUAUCAGCACAAGGCAACAAGAUUGUAAUACCCUAACCUGUGACAAUGGUGGCAUAUGUUACGAUCCGCCCGGCCCCGUUGCUGCUAUGUGCUAUUGUACAGUCGGAUGGAGUGGAGAUUUCUGUGAUAUUCCAGACACCACCCUCACCAUAACAACAACAACAACCACAACAGCAUCUGGUAUCUUACCUGGUCAACGAUGUCUAACAAAUGUUUGUCAAAAUGGAGGAACCUGCACCAUGACGCUUGGUGGCGGUUUCUAUUGUACAUGUCCACCAGGCUAUACAGGCCUCUCGUGUGAAUCAUCAGGUAGUUCAUCAUGA